AUGAUGCUUCAGACCAGUACAAUUUUACAACUACUACUAUUCCUAGUUGGUAGUGUUUCUGCUUAUAACAUACUCGUAUUUUCUCCUGCUACAAGUAAAUCUCAUUUGAUCUCGAAUGGAAGAAUUGCAGAUGAACUAGCAAGAGCCGGACACAAUGUGACCUUACUCGAAAUCGACUUUCUUGGAAUUGUGGACACUACAAAAAGUGCGAAACUAGUCAAAAAGACCAUUGUCCGGACACCAAAAGGAAUGCAGGGCUUUCGGAAUGUUCUGCAAGGAUUUUCUGAAAUUGUGAUGGAGGAUCCUGGACUUUGGGGAUUGGUGGAAGGAAAUAUUAUGUACCAAAAUGCUUAUAAUGCACUUUGUGAAGAAUUUCUCGAGAUGGAUGACAUCUUCCAAGAGCUCAAGGCUCAAAACUUUGAUGGCUUUUUCGCCGAACAACUCAAUAUUUGUGGCUUCGGAUACGCAAAAGCUCUCGGAAUCGAGAGAAGAUUUCUCAUCUCUAGUUGCCCGUAUUUUUCCCAUGUCUACGAUUAUACCAGUCAUCCUGCUCCAUAUGCAAGUGUUCCGUUUGUUGCUGAUAUGAGUCCUGAGCCAACGUAUUUCGAAAGAGCACAAAAUCUAUUGAACGGAUUUACAUGCAAUAUGCUAUUCCGUUAUAUGCACACCCGAUUGUCGUUUAUUUUCCGAAACAAAUUCGGACAAGAUUUCCCAUCAGUGCCGGAGAUCGUGCGAAACGCCGACAUCAUCUUUUUGGCGACAGAUGAAAUCAUUGACUUCUCAGCACCAACUCUUCCAAAUCUUGUGAACAUUGGAGGAUUAGGUGUGGAUGAUGAUACUACGGAAAUGGAGCCAGUUUUCGAGGCUGAAAUGAAGAAAGGAGAGAAAGGAGUUAUCUUAUUUUCCCUGGGAACCAUUGCCAACACUUCAACAAUUGAUAAAAAAGUGAUGGAAUCGUUUUUGGGAAUCGUCAAGAAGUUUCCCGACUAUCACUUCCUUAUCAGAGCCGACAAGUAUGAUAAGAACACGAAAGAGAGAGCAAAGGGCAUUUCGAAUGUGUUUGUCUCUGACUGGCUCCCACAACCAGCCAUUUUACAUCAUCCUCGUCUCCGAACUUUUAUCACUCAUGCUGGUUACAAUGGGCUCGUGGAAGCUGCUCGUGCUGGGGUUCCAUUAAUAACUAUCCCUUUUAUGUUCGAUCAAAAUUUGAACAGCAGAGCUAUUGAGAAAAAGGGAUGGGGAAUCCGAUCAGACAAGAAGAAACUUCUGAAUGAUCCUGAUUCUUUUGAAGCGGAUCUCAAAGAAAUGCUAACCAAUCCCAGCUAUACAAAAAAUGCUCAUAGAAUUCGCGAUUUGAUAAAAAGUAAACCAUUGGGUGCCAGAGAUAGAUUCAUUAAAACGACAGAAUGGGUGAUUCAAAACGGAGGAGUCCGUGAAUUAUUGACUGAAGGAAGAGAUUUGAGCAUAAUUUCUUCGUACAACCUGGAUAUCAUUGUUCCUGUUUUGUUUGUACUUUUGUAUUGCCUGAUCAUUCCAUUUUUCAAACUUAUUGGUGGAUUUUAUUAUUACAGCUGUUUUGGUCACAUUGAAUCAAAACACAAGUUGGAUUAG